AAGGAGCGCAUGUACGUCGGCGAGGCCAUCAUCGCGACCUGCUUCGGUAUCGCCUUCUCGGGCUACGCAGCGGGCAUCUUUGCGCCGAGGACGUGGGCCGAAGGCCACCACACGGACGAGCUCACGCUCGAGCUCACCCGCAUCGUCAUCGCGCUCUCGGUAUUCGCCAUCGGCGUCGAGUUGCCCAAAGCGUACGUCUGGCGGCAUUGGCGCGACCUGGCGAUGCUGCUCGGGCCCAUCAUGCUCAUGGGCUGGAUGGUCGCCGGCGCCCUCAUGUACGCCAUCAUCCCGGGCCUCGAGUUCCUCCCCGCACUCGUCCUCGCCGCCGCCGUGACGCCCACCGACCCUAUCCUCGCGUCGUCGGUCGUCGGCAAGGGCAAGUACGCUCAAGAGCACGUCCCGAGCCACAUUCGGCACCUCCUCCAGGCCGAGAGUGGCUGCAACGAUGGCGCGGCGUUCCCCUUCUUGUACCUCGCCCUCUUCCUCCUUCUGCGCGGCGAGCACUCUGUCGGGUCCGCCAUCGGCUACUGGAUCGUCCUCGUCCUCCUGUACCAGAUCGUCCUCGGCAUCAUCAUCGGCGCCGCCGUCGGCAUCAUCGCGCGCAAGAUCCUCAAGUUCUCCAAGCGCCGCGAGCUCAUCGACCGCGAGUCGAUGGUCGCCAUGUAUGUCGCGCUCGCGCUCCUCGUCACGGGCUUGACGACGCUCGCCGGUAGCGACGACUUGCUCGCGGCGUUCGCGUGCGGGACGGCGUUCGCGUGGGACGACUGGUUCACCGAGUCGAUCGAGGAGUCCAACUUUUCGUCGACGAUCGACCUGCUCGCCAACUGCGCCAUCUUCAUCUACAUCGGCGCGACGAUGCCGUUCAACGCGUGGCAGAGCGCCAACACGACCCUGACCUGGUGGCGCGUCCUCCUCCUGUGCAUCGCCAUCCUCGCGCUCCGGCGCCUCCCGACCAUGUACGCCCUGUACCACUGGAUCCCCGACAUCAAGACGACGCGCGAGGCCAUCUUUGCCGGCCACUUUGGGCCCAUGGGCGUCGGCGCCAUCUUCAUCUCGACUCUCGCCGCCGAGAAGCUCCCGACGCCCAACAUUCCGCCCGAGAACGGCGUCGAGACGCUCGCCCUCAUGAUCGUGCCCGUCACCUACGCCAUCGUCCUGUCGUCCAUCCUCGUACACGGCCUGUCGAUCUCGUUCUUCACGCUCGGCCGCCGCGUCCACUCGCGCGUCGCAUCCUUCUCGCGCACCCUCACGGCGCAGUCGGGCAACUCUGGGUUCGGCCGCACGUUCUCGUUCGGGACGACGAGCCGCGCCGAGCGCGCCAAGGACGAGGAGCCGAGCUGGAUGUCGCGCGUCAAGCGUGCGACGCGCGCCGAGGACAUCGUCAUCAACCGCGACGACGAGUCGCCCGAGAGCCUCGCCGAGAAGGGCGUCGGCGCCGGCGCGAGCCCGUCGUCGAGCCGUCGGUCGUUUGACGAGAAGGACGAGGCCGAGCGCGGCAGGCGCGAGGACCGCAUCGAUGAGGAGGACGAGGACGAGGUGGACCGCGAGGACGAGGAGGAGCGGCACGCGACGGACGAGGCGCGC